AUAAAUGAAAUAUAUUUUUGUAAAUCACGAUAGUAACUAAACAUAAUCGAAUAUAAUUUCUCUAUUUAUAAUGAUGAAUAAUUUUAUAUUAUUACUAUUAUUAAUAUUUUACAAUACAUUUACAUUCAUUUUAAAGGUAAAUUCAAAAGUUUAACUUGUCAGGUAGAUAAAUGAAAGCAAACAAACAAAAGAAACGUUUUACCAAGGAAUGAAAUAAAUAAAAGAGAAUUCUUUCAGUAAUAAUAAUAAUAAAUGUGAUGCCUUGAUGUUUUGGCAACUAUACACAGAAAACAAGUUGGAUUAACCAGACAAAAAAUAUUUUCACAAUGAACAUUAAUGAAGCAGACUCGAAUUAUCAAUUAUUUUACGGUUUCAAUGAUCCAGAAGGACAAAAUAUAGCACUAUCCGCUACUAGUAUGAUUAAACCAAUUCCAAAUGAGAAAGAAUUGUUUCUUUUUGACAAAACAUCACGUACAACUGGAUAUGGUGGAUUAGUCUCUGCGAGACAGUUACAUUUUAUCUGUGGACCUUAUCCAGAGUCAAUAAUUGAUGAAAAUGUAAUAUUUGACAAGAUUAUACAAACGAUUAUUUUGCCCAUCUUAUUAAUUAUGUUGAUUUUAUUCAACAGUUUAUCACUUGCUGUUUUAACUAGACCUACUAUGAAAACACCUGUGUUUACCGUAUUAUUAGGUAUUACAAUGGUGGAAAUGUCCAAUGGUUUGUUACCUUUACCAAUGUAUUUACUCAGAGCAUUUUAUAGUGAUCCUGUUUGGUGGGAGUAUAAAAAAUAUACAUUGUAUAAUUUAACACAAAUUUCAAAAUGGUGGAAAUAUGCUCCAUUAGAAAUUUAUCAAACAAGUUCAAAUCCUACAGCAAGUGGAAUACUUGCAUGGACUACAGUAUUUUUACCAACUGUUUGUCAUACAACAGCUACAUGGUUAACAUUAUUUGUUGCAUUACAACGACUUAUUUACAUUACAUAUCCUAAUAAAACUACAAGAUUAUUUUCUAUACUUACAGUACGUUUAGUUUGUAUUAGUGUAUUAUUAUGUGCACUAAUUUUACACAUUCCAAUGUUUCAAUCAACUUUUGUUCGAUUUCAACCACUUCUUCUACAUCAAAAUGUUACUUUUAGAAAUUAUUCCAUUGAUUUUAAACAAUUAUUAUUAUAUGAAGCAUUAGAUUAUUUACCAUAUGUUGUCAUGAAAUGUCAUACAUGUUUACCUAUUCAUAUGUUUCUAUAUUUUUUAACUCGUGUCAUACUUGUACAUUUAUUACCUUGUAUAUUAUUAAUUAUAUUAACCAUAAUAAUCAUUAUGAAAAUGAGACAAAUUAAUAGAAAGCAUUUAUGGCUUACACGUGGUAAAUUAUUAUUACAAUAUUCUAAAACAUUAUCUACAUAUAAACAAACCAAAUCUUAUUCAUUACCUAUUACUUCUUAUAAACAUAGUUUAUCACCAGAAACAACGAAUAUUUCAAAACACAAUCAAAUCAUUGAUCAUAAAGUUCAAAAUAAAUUGAAUUGUUUCACUUGUUUGAUAAACGACAAAACAGAUACACUCUAUAGUAGUAAUCAAGAGUUUCAUAAUAUUCAAUCUAAAAAUUCUACAUUAUCAGUAUUAUUUAAUGGUAAUGUUAAUAAUGAUGAACCAAUUCAAGAGAAUGAUACUCUUAUAAAUUUAAUAAAACGUAAAUCACAAGUGACUGAAUUUUUUAAUAUUUCCAAUAUGUUAAUAGUAAUAUUAAUUAAAUUUAUUUUAAUUCAUUUACCUAAUGCAUUAGUGAUAUUUGUAUAUACAUUAACAUUAAUACAAAAUAGAAUAUAUGAAUUGACUACUAAUUAUAAUGAUAUUAUAAGUAGUUCUACGAGUAAUAUCAAAGAAACUAUAACCAUUUUCAAAAAUACAAAUCAAUCAAUAUUAUUACCUUAUACAGUAAUGAAAUAUGUGAAUCAAUUACAUAAUACAAAUACAAUGAUCUAUAUUGAUAAAGGACCUACAAAUGUAUUAUGGAUAAGAAUUGUAAUCAUCUGUAAUCUUUUAAUAUUAUGUUCAUAUUUAUUAAAUUUUUUAAUAUUUUGGACAAUGUCAACACCAUUUCGAACACAAUUUCUAAAUUUAUUUCGAUGUAAAUCAUGGAGAAAUGAUAAUGUUAAUGCUUAAACGAAAUUGACCAUUGUGGCUUUGUUGAUGCUUGUAUUCAUGUCUAUAUAUGUUAAUAUCAAAAUUCUGUUGUAAAAAAAAGCGUUAGUUUAUAUAACAAGUGAAUAGUAUAGAAAAAAAUUAUUUCAAUAAUCUAAGUAAACAACUUGUGUA